GAAAGUUUGUCGAUGAAAGCUAUAGUAGUGACUGAGUUACUGGAGGACAAACACACAGACUUUCAUCUUUAGAUAUUCUAUAUAGAAUUCAUUAUGUAGAAAAAUAGCAGUACUUUUUUACUAUCCUCAUUCUUCUUUCGAAAAGUUGGUGACUAAUUUUUUGCUAGGCUAAAACAUGAAAGGUGACACACUAAGAAUGCUAUAAAAUAGUGAUGAAUUAACAAAAUUUAAAGCACAAAUAAUAUCUGUAAUCAAACACUUGCCCUUUUUUGGCACUGUUCUUCCCGUGUGCAUAAUAAUUUGUUUUAGCUUAAAAACAAUAUCUGAAUUGCAGAAACUUGUUAAUAUUGUUCUUCCCAUAUGCCCAUUAAUUUGUUUUCGCUUCAGGAAAAAAAAAAAAAAAAAAAAAAAAAAAGAAUAAAUUUGCAUAAUAUACAGUUUCAUGAAAUGCAAAUAUUUGUGUUCAGCAUUGUUUGGCAAAUCAGCCAACCAACUCCAUAGCAUGUUGCCUUGUGAAUAAAUACUAUUCAGGGGAUGCAGAUAAUCUGAAAAUACCGAAAAGUCUGUUAGUAGGUUAAAGAAUUUUAAGUAUGAAAAACUGAUUUAAGAGGUGCACUGCAUUAAAUUUGUUAGUAAAAAAAUUGCAUUUUCAGAUUUUUGUGCAAGACAAAUUUUUAUCAUCAUUUUGUGACCAUGUGUCAAAAAGUGAAAAGUAAGAUUCAAUGAGUGGUAAGUGACUAUGUGGUUAAAGUCACAAAAUGCUAGUGAUAUGUAUUUUAUUCUGUUCUCUGUAUAUGAAUAGUCUCAGUGCAUUGAGUUUUCUUGGUUUUCCUAGCAUGCAGCCCAUGUCAGAGAUGACAAGUUUCUUUCACAAUGGGAAAAACAGUCAGGAGAAAUAAAAAUUAAUUUUCUUACUUAUUUGCAUAUCUGUAUUUUGUUCAUCUAAAAUAAUUUGUUAAUUUAAUAUUUUCGUUUUCUGUGUAAUUUAAAAAAUAUCAUUUGUAUGUUUGCAAUAGCCUUUCCUUGGUAAGGUACAAAGUGCGCCCAUAAAGUAAUGGGACAAAUUGAAAGACCAAAUGAUAAAAUUAGAAAAUGAAAAAAUAAAUAUAUGUUUAAAAAGGUGACAUCGUAGUUUUUGUUAAAGCCAGUUUAAACUGGUUAUUUUGUGAUUUGCAUAUGAAAACACUGUAGUCAUUUUCAUUUAUUGAGAUGACAUUGUACAAAAAAUUUCAUUCGAGAUGGAACUAUGUUAUAAACAUUAAAUUUCAUUACAAAUCUUCUACCAAAAUGUCAGAGAUGAUUUGAACUGUAUAUAGUGAUGUAUCGUUAUCUAGAACAUAAGUGUAUGAGUGGUAGAACCACUUUAAGUGUAGGUGUGAAAGCAUUGAAGACGAAUCAACAAUAAGGUCCCUGCAACUUUAAAGAAUGAGAAACACGUGGAGGAAAUUUGUUCUUUGCUAAAAGCUGAUAGAUGUGUUACAAAUCAGCAACUUUUCAGACAUACUUGGGAUAAGCAAAUAAAGCUGUAGGCUAACUUUAAUUGAAAAUCUGAAAAUGAACGGUUAUACUCGAUUUGUACCUCACAGAAAAGCUUGGUGCAAAGAUUUGCUGAUUAGUAUGAGACAGGACAACAAUUUCUUAAAUGUAUCUUAGUGACAGAUGAGACUUAGUGUCUACAAUAUGCCCCAGAAACAGAAAGACUAAGUGCACAAUGAAAGAACGGUCUUCUCCCCUCCUUCCCCAAAAAGGCAUGGAUGUCGAAAUCAAAGACUAAGGUGAUACUGAUCGCUUUUUUUGACUACAGAGACCUUAUUCGCCAUGAAUUUGUCUCUGAAAAUGAAUCAAUUAAUUAAACAGAAUUUUACGAAGAGGUGGUAAAGCCACCAUGGUGCAUAAUUAUUUUCUCCCCAGUUGCUUCCCUUACAAUGCCAUCCUCCUCUAACCUGACCCAAAUACAAGAUACAAAUUCUGUUAAGAAAGUCUUUGAUUCAGGCAUCCUUAAUUGUAGCAGAUAGUCUUUGUUUGCUUUUUAAUCAGAGAAUGAGUGAUUAUUUGAAUUAUUGUGUAAUUUUAACGAUGAAUUUUUUGCUAUAUCUGUAAUGCAUAUUAUUUUCAUGUAUUUAAAUUUUAAAACUUAUUUUCUUUUUUAGAAAAGGUCCUUUCAAAGACUGGAAGAAACUUCAUAAAGGAGUGCUGUAUUUCUCUACAAAGGUUUACACUACGCUAAAAGAUUAUAAUUUCUUAUUUUUUCGAAGUAUGUAUUAAGAAUUAAUCAUCAUGACUAUUCUACCAAAGAAAAAAACUGCUCAGCAGAAACCUGAAACAGAAAAUUCACCUGAUCCUAACAAUCAUUCAUAUUCUGGUGACAACCACGGACAUCAAACACAUAAUCAAGAAGGAAGGGAAAGAUUUAAUUUUGCAAGUCGUUCUUCUCCUCCUGCAUGGCCCUUGCAUACUUCCCGCGAAGAGAAGAGACCAGCACAUUCCUCUAGUUCUGGAUUUGAUGAAUAUGUCAAUAGUGAUUCAGGGCCAAGCCAUUCUAAGAGACGUCAUCAAACUUCUCCUCAUCGUAGUGUGCGUAAAGCUCGCACUCAUUCAAAUCAUUCAUUGAGAAGUGGAGGCCCGCCUAUAACUUAUCCCAUACCAGGCCCUUCUCAAGUACAAGUAAACUUAAGCGCUGUUCAAGAAAGGCAGAAUAGUAAUGUUCAAGGCCAAGCUGCAACAUGCCAAGAAGAAGAUCCGUCUGGAUACAACAGUGGUGAUGAAUAUGAUCGUUCAUUGGAUACCACAACUGAUGAGGAACUGGCAGAAAAGGAGAGGCUUUUUGAAGAAAAAUUGAGGAAAAAAGGUUAUUCUAUCAAAAAAAUGGGUGAAGAUGGGGCUUGUAUGUUUAGAGCUGUAGCUGAUCAAAUUUAUGGAGACCAGGAAAUGCAUACUGCUGUACGUAAACUCUGCAUGGAUUAUAUGGCAAAAAAUUCUGAUUAUUAUUCUCAGUAUGUGACUGAAGAUUUUGAAAAAUAUGUUCAGAGGAAACGUUCUGAUCAUAUUCAUGGUAAUCAUAUUGAAAUGCAAGCAAUGUCAGAGAUGUUCAACAGGCAUAUUGAAGUAUAUCAUUAUAGCUCAGAACCAAUCAAUAUAUUUCAUGGUUCACAGAAAACAGAUAAUGAGCCUAUAAGAUUAAGCUAUCAUAGAAAUGUUCAUUAUAAUUCAAUUGUUGACCCUUAUAAAGCAACUAUAGGUGUUGGUUUAGGUUUACCGUCUUUUAAACCCGAUAUAAUGAAUAAAGCUUUAGUCACAGAUGCCAUAAGAGCUUCUGAAAAUUUACAACUGGAGCAAGCAAUGCUUGAAGAUAAAUUAAGAGCUACUGAUUGGGAAGCAACUAAUGAAGCUAUAGAAGAGCAGGUUGCUAGAGAAUCAUACCUAGAAUGGUUGAGAGAUAAUGAAGUGAAAUCACGAUCUAAGCUUGGAAGAACUGCAACUGCAACCAGCAGUUCUAGUCUAAUGGAUAGUUUUUCAGGCAGCAUGUCUCCACAAUCUAAUAGAGUAUUAUCAAGAUCGAGAUGCUCUAACUCAGCAUCUUCAAGUCCCAAAGUCAAUGAUAAUAUUGCUAAUGAGAAAGAAUCAAAAUCACCUGAAACUUCUUUAGCUGGAACUUCAGCUUACACAGAGGGAAUGUAUAACAUGUUUGACGAAAACAAAGAGGAUAGUGGUACAAACAGUGGUUGUUCAUCAUCAUCAUCAGGAAAUAGCACUUUAAAUGGUUUUGCAUUAGAUGAAACAGCUUCAUUUUUAAACCAGCUCCCACCAUCUGUAUUUGGUUUAAGUGAUUGGGAGGAUUCUGGAAUAUUAGCGAAGGUUCUUGCUGAGUCUCAACAAGAAUAUAUUGAUUCCCUAAAACGUACCAAUGCUAAUUAAUCCAAAAUUUCCAUCAAUUAAGAUCAUUAGCUCUUGAUAAUGACUGUUACUAAUUUGCUUUCAUUGCUCACCCUAGUUCAGUGGAACAAUUUGUAAAUGACUAUAUACUUCUGUUAGUGUGAUAUCAUCAAAUAUAAGAUGGGAUACAUGCAGUUAUAUGUGUAAAGAAAUAUUUUCAAGUUGUGCUUCUGUUAUUGAUUGUAAAAUUGCUUGUUUAAAAAAAACUUAAAAGGGAUGAGCAUUCUCAAAUAGCUAGGGGAGGGAAUAAAAUGGUACUCUCUCUCCAUUGUAUUGUCUUUUCUGCUUUUGAAAUGCAAUUUCAAAAUAUUGUUAACAGUUUGUAUUGGAGAAAAAAUAAAUUUAGAUAAAAUUAAUUGUUA